GCGCUCGCGCAGCCGCCCCUGACAGGAGCGGGCUCCGCGGCUACUGCAGCGCUCAGCGCCCGGGCCCUGCCGGAGCCGGGUCUAGCAUGUGCCGCGGCUUCCUGGCGGCGGCGGCGGCUCCUCUGCAGCGGCGGCAGCAGCAGCGGCCGCCAUGGCCAAGCCCAGCGCAGAGCUCACCCGCGAGCUGCAAGACAGCAUCCGGAGGUGCCUGAGCCAAGGGGCUGUGCUCCAGCAACAUCGUGUGAAGUUGGAGACGAAGCCAAAGAAAUUUGAAGACCGAGUACUGGCCUUGACCUCCUGGCGCCUCCACCUGUUCCCCCUUAAAGUCCCAGCCAAGGUGGAGAGCUCCUUCAAUGUCCUGGAGAUCCGGGCCUUUAACACGCUCAGUCAGAACCAGAUCCUAGUGGAAACAGAGCGUGGCAUGGUGAGCAUGCGGCUGCCAUCAGCUGAGAGUGUGGACCAGGUGACACGACAUGUGAGCUCUGCCCUCUCCAAGGUCUGCCCUGGCCCUGGGAGUCUAAUCCGGCGUGGAAAUGCAGACACCCCAGAAGGGCCCCGAGACACGUCCCCCAACUCUGAGACUUCCACGUCUACCACUCACAGUGUCUGCGGCUGUUCCCCACCCCCUUGCCCCUCUUGGCACCAGCCCAUCUCCUGCCCCACAGGUGGCUUCUCCGAGACCUACGCUGCCUUGUGUGACUACAAUGGGCUGCACUGCCGUGAGGAGGUGCAAUGGGAUGUGGACACCAUCUAUCAUGCUGAGGAUAACCGGGAGUUCAAUCUUUUGGAUUUCAGCCACUUGGAGAGCCGAGACUUGGCUCUAAUGGUGGCAGCUCUAGCCUAUAACCAGUGGUUCACCAAACUCUACUGCAAGGACCUGCGGCUGGGUUCUGAAGUGCUAGAACAGGUGCUACAUACCCUGAGCAAGUCAGGGAGCCUUGAAGAGCUGGUACUGGACAACGCCGGACUUAAGACGGACUUUGUCCAGAAGCUGGCCGGGGUGUUUGGGGAGAACGGGAGCUGUGUGCUGCAUGCCCUCACUCUGUCCCACAACCCCAUCGAAGACAAGGGUUUCCUCAGUCUGAGCCAGCAGCUCCUCUGCUUCCCCACUGGCCUCACCAAACUGUGCCUGGCCAAGACUGCCAUUUCCCCUCGAGGGCUCCAGGCACUGGGCCAGACUUUCGGGGCCAACCCAGCCUUUGCCAGCUCCCUUCGAUACCUGGACCUGAGCAAGAACCCUGGGCUGCUCGCCACAGACGAGUCCAAUGCCCUCUACAGUUUCCUGGCCCAGCCCAACGCUCUCGUGCACCUGGACCUGGCCGGGACUGACUGUGCCAUUGACUUGCUUCUGGGUGCCCUGCUCCAUGGCUGCUGUUCCCACCUAACCUACCUCAACCUGGCGCGCAACAGCUGCUCCCACAGGAAGGGCCGGGAGGCCCCACCAGCCUUCAAGCAGUUCUUCAGCAGCGCCUACACACUCAGCCACGUCAACCUGUCAGCCACAAAGCUGCCCCUGGAGGCCCUCAGGGCUCUGCUCCAAGGCCUCUCCCUCAACAGUCAUCUCAGUGAUGUGCACCUGGACCUCAGCAGCUGUGAGCUCCGCUCAGCAGGAGCCCAGGCUUUGCAGGAGCAGCUGGGGGCUGUCACCUGUGUGGGCAGCCUGGAUCUGUCUGACAAUGGGUUCGACUCGGACCUCCUGACACUGGUGCCGGCACUUGGCAAGAAUAAGUCCCUCAAGCACCUGUUUCUGGGCAAGAACUUCAAUGUCAAGGCCAAGACCAUGGAGGAGAUCCUCCACAAGCUGGUGCAGCUGAUCCAGGAAGAGGAUUGUUCCUUGCAGUCACUAUCAGUGGCGGACUCCCGGCUGAAGCUACGCACCAGCAUCCUCAUCAAUGCCCUUGGCAGCAACACCUGCCUGGCUAAGGUGGAUCUGAGCGGCAAUGGCAUGGAGGACAUAGGAGCCAAGAUGCUGUCUAAGGCCCUGCAGAUAAACUCCUCCCUCAGAACUAUCCUAUGGGAUCGGAACAAUACAUCUGCCCUGGGCUUUCUGGACAUUGCGAGGGCCCUGGAGAGCAACCACACGCUGCGCUUCAUGUCCUUCCCCGUGAGUGACAUUUCCCAAGCCUACCGCAGCGCCCCGGAGCGUACUGAGGACGUCUGGCAGAAGAUCCAGUGGUGCUUGGUGAGGAACAACCACUCCCAGACGUGUCCCCAGGAACAGGCCUUCAGGCUGCAGCAGGGCCUGGUGACCAGCAGCGCCGAGCAAAUGCUACAGCGGCUGUGCGGACGAGUACAGGAGGAGGUUCGGGCCCUGAGGCUGUGCCCCCUAGAGCCCGUGCAGGAUGAGCUGCUCUACGCUCGGGACCUCAUCAAGGAUGCCAAGAACUCCCGGGCGCUGUUUCCCAGCCUCUAUGAGCUGGGCCAUGUGCUAGCCAACGACGGGCCUGUGCGGCAGAGGCUGGAGUCAGUAGCCAGCGAGGUGUCCAAGGCUGUGGAUAAGGAGCUGCAGGUGAUCCUGGAGUCCAUGGUCAGCCUAACACAGGAGUUAUGCCCUGUGGCCAUGCGUGUGGCCGAGGGACACAACAAGAUGCUGAGCAAUGUGGCUGAGCGCGUCACUGUGCCCCGGAACUUCAUCCGCGGGGCGCUGCUGGAGCAGGCGGGGCAAGACAUUCAGAACAAGCUAGAUGAAGUGAAGCUCUCCGUCGUCACCUACUUGACUAACUCCAUAGUGGACGAGAUCCUGCAGGAGCUAUACCACUCCCACAAGAGCCUGGCCCGGCACCUGGCCCAGCUAAGGACACUAUCAGACCCACCAGGGGUGCCAAGCCAGGGGCAGGAUCUGUCCUCCCGGGGCCGAGGACGUAACCAUGACCAUGAGGAGACCACAGAUGAUGAACUUGGGACCAACAUCGACACCAUGGCCAUCAAAAAGCAGAAACGCUGCCGCAAGAUCCGGCCGGUGUCCGCCUUCAUUAGUGGGAGCCCUCAGGACAUGGAAAGCCAGCUGGGGAGCCUGGGGAUCCCCCCUGGCUGGUUCUCAGGACUCACGAACAGCCAGCCCACAACUGGUGGCUCCUGGGAAGGUCUAUCUGAGCUUCCCACUCAUGGCUAUAAACUAAGACAUCAAACACAAGGCAGGCCCAGGCCCCCCAGGACCACCCCUCCAGGACCUGGUCGGUGCAGCCAGGUGCCAGUACCUGGGACGCGUCAAGAGAAUGGGAUGGCCACCCGUCUGGAUGAGGGGCUGGAGGACUUCUUCAGUCGAAGGGUCAUGGAUGAAAGUUCCAGUUACCCCCGGACUCUGCGGACCCUGCGGCCAGGCCUCUCAGAGCCGCCGCUGCCUCCACUCCAGAAGAAGAGGCGCAGAGGCUUGUUUCACUUUCGCCGGCCCCGGAGCUUCAAGGGGGACAAGGGGCCAGGGUCCCCCACCACUGGGCUCCUCCUCCCUCCGCCCCCUCCCCCACCCCCAACUCAGGAGAGCCCCCCCAGCCCAGACCCCCCCAGCCACGGCAACAACUCUUCCCCCUGCUGGAGCCCAGAGGAGGAGAGUGGCCUCCUUCCUGGAUUUGGGGGGGGCCGGGGGCCUUCCUUCCGCAGGAAGAUGGGCACCGAGGGGUCAGAGCCAGGGGAUGAGGGCCAGGACCCUGGGACGGCACAGCAGCCAAGGGUCCAUGGUGUUGCCCUUCCUGGGUUGGGAAGAACCAAGGGUUGGAGCUUCGAUGGGAAACAAGAGGGCACAGGCCCAGACCUAGAGGGCAGCGUCCAGGCCUGGCAGAAACGGCGCUCUUCAGAUGAUGCAGGGCCUGGAGCCUGGAAGCCCCCACCGCCACCCCAAAGCACCAAGCCGAGCUUCAGCGCCAUGCGCCGUGCAGAGGCCACAUGGCACAUAGCUGAGGAGAGUGCCCCCAGCCACAGCUGUCAGAGCCCCAGCCCAGCCUCCCAAGAUGGGGAAGAGGAAAAGGAGGGGGCCAUAUUCCCUGAGAGGACUGUUCCUGCUAGGAAUGCCAAGCUGCAGGACCCCCCUUUAGCUCCACGGCCCCCCAAGCCGGUGGCUGUGCCCAGGGGCCACCGCCCCACCCAGGAGCCAGGGGGCAAGGAGGAGACUGAGGCUGGGGGUGCAGCCCCAGGAAUGAACAAACCCCGGCUGAGGCUGGGCUCACAGCAGGACCAAGAGGAGCCUGAGGUCCAAGGGCCCCUGGAUCCAGGCCGCCGAACUGCCCCCCUGAAGCCCAAGAGAACACGGCGGGCACAGUCCUGUGACAAGCUGGAGCCUGAUAGAAGACGGCCGCCUGACCCCACAGGUGCCGGCGGGGUGGUUAGGAGUGCAGUCCCCCUUCCCACCCAUCUGUCCAACAUGGCGAGCCCCACGCUGGGUGGCUGGCUCCCUCUGCCCAGGAAACAGGGCUUCCUGGAUUUGUCCCCAGCAGGAGCCAGUGAGCCAGGAACAGACUGACAGCCACCGCAGUACACUCUCCAGCCCUCCUCUCAACAUGUGCCUCACAAGGACUGACCCCCACCCACCCCCGCACCUCAGGCCGCUCUGCCAGCCCAUUCCCCAGGGGCAGGAUGGCAGGAUGAGGCAUGGGGGACAGGAGGUGGGGGACAGAAAGGGAGGGAGCAACCUGGAGAGAGGGAGGCUCUCGAUGCCUCGCUCCCUCAGCAGAGAGCUUCGGAGUGGUGGUCACUCCCUCACAGGAGGGCUGAUCUAUCCCUCUGUCCCCAGGGGCUCUCUCCCCACUUGUAUAGAAUAAAAAGGA